CCAUUAAGUUGCACAAAGAAGUUUCUCUUGCCACUGAAGUUGGCGAAGCUACUAUUGCAUGUAUUUUUAUUGAGUUUAAUAAAACUGGGCAGAUUACAUCUUCAAAACAAGUAAACAAAAAUGUUCUUCUUCUUUCCCUAAGAACUUACCAUUUGAGUUAUUUAAUUUGGGCUUUUCAGUUUCGAAGGCACAACUUGCACAUUACUUAA